AAAAAAAUACAUGGGACUAUCGAAAGGCAUUAUUAGUGAAAAAGCUCCAAGAGAACUUAAAGCUGGAUGUACUUCAAAAUUCUGUGAGAAAAGUGCUGUACGGAAUUGUUCUACAUUUUCCGAAGAAAAUCGUAAGGAAAUAUUUAAUGGGUUCUGGAAAAUGUCAUGGGAUCAAAAAAAAAUGUAUGUCGUUAAUCUUGUUGAACGCGCAAACAUAAAGCGAAUUGGUGUUGAGAACUCUAGAAGAUCAAUUACAAAACGUUACUGUUUAAAACAUCAUUCUAAACGUGUUCAAGUGUGCUUUCAUAUGUUUUUAUCUACGCUUGGAAUAAAUGAGAAAAUGGUGAGGAAUUGGGUAAAUUUCAAUGACUCCCAUGGCACCAAUAUUUCGCCAGAAGAACAAAACAAAAUAACAUCAGAACGUAAAGCAUUUACUAAUGAAGGAGUCUUAUUUCAAAAACGUUUAAAUUUUCUGGAAAAAUGACAUUCCUAAGCUUGAAUCACACUACCGAAGACAGUAUACGGAGAAACUGUACUUGCAGUCCGAUUUUAAAAGCUACAAACAUGUCUAUGAAGUUUAUUCUAAAGACUGCGAGACUAAUGAAGUAGUUCAUGUAUCUUUUCCAACAUUUAUGGCAGUAUUAAAAAAACAAAACUGUUGUAUAUUUAAGCCAAAAAAUGAUAUGUGCGACACCUGCACAUCAUACGAAUCGAAGAACUUAACCCAAGAUCAGUACGACAUUCAUAGAAAGGAUAUACAAGACAUGAGAAAUGAAAAGUUAUAUGACAUAGAAAACGCCAAAUCAGGAUUACACUUGUUGUUAUGCAUUGACAUGCAGGCAGUGAAAUUGAUUCCACAGACAAAUGCAAAUGCCACGUACUAUAAAAUGAAAUUACAAGUGCACAAUUUCACAAUUUAUAACGUUAUUUCACAUGAAUCUGACAAUUUUGUCUGGGACGAAACAGAUGGUACCCUUGUUGCUUCUACCUUUGCUACAUGUAUAAUAAAAUACAUAAAAAAUGCCAUUAAAAAGUCACCAAAUAUUCAUCACAUAAUUAUAUAUUCCGAUGGUUGUUUCUACCAGAACCGAAAUAUAAUUCUCUCUAACGCAAUAUUAUCUUUAUGUGUUCAAGAAAACAUAACGGUAGCACAUAAAUAUUUAAUAGUGGGACAUACACAAAUGGAGUGUGAUUCGACCCACUCCCUCAUUCAAAGAAAAAUCAACAAGAGACAAAUAAAUUUACCAUCUGAGCUGUCUGGCUUGAUUAGAGAGUCUCGAAAGAACCCAUUUCCUCUAAAAGUGCAUCAUGUUGAUUACAAGUAUUUCCUUGACUACGAAAGUAUUCCUAAGCGCUACGUAUCUAUUCGACCAGGCAAAAAAUCCGGAGAGCCAACUGUUAAUAUGAUCCGUGCCUUGGCAUAUGAUCCAUCUGGAAUAAUUUAUUAUAAAACAAAUAUCAACGACGAUUAUAACGUUUUGCCACAACGUACACAACAAAAAUUUAGGGACAUCGAACCUUCACAGUUACAUACCGAAAGAAUACCAAUAUCCAAAAAGAAAUGGGAACACCUGCAGGAACUUAAAUUUUUACUUCCGGCUGACUGCCACAGCUUUUAUGAUAAUAUACCCUUUACAUCUUAAACCUAUUCUAAUUUGCUAUUUGUAAUGCAGGUUUUGUUGUUUUCAAAUGAAUUAUUUUGUU